GUGACCAAGUGUCCGUUGAAGAUCAAAGACAUGGAAUCCGUAGGAGCAAUGAUGGACCCGUACCGGGCACUCCGCCAGCUAUAUAUAUACCGCCCUCUUGACCUCUGCAAGACGUGUUGAGUCUCUCGGUGGCAUCCGAGGAACCGUCUUCCCUCAAACCUACCACCUUACCAAUACUUAUCCAUCCCUACACAUCAACCAACACACCCCAACCCCAACCAUGGCUCAAAAGUACGCCAGAGACCAGCCCCCCGGAUUCACCAACCGCGUCGAGCGCGUAGCCAUCGUCGGAGCAGGCGGCCAACUCGGCUCCCACCUCACCACCGCCCUCCUCCGCACCGGCCGGCACACCAUCACAGCCCUAACCCGGCGGCAGGGCAGCGGCAGCAGCAGCAGCACCAACCCCCUGCCCGCGGGCGUGAUCGCCGCCCCCGUCGACUACGACGACGAGGCCACGCUAGAGGCGGCGCUGCGCGGACAGCAGUUCCUGAUCAUCACGCUGGCGGUGACGGCGCCGGCGCCGGCGGCGAUACACACGGCGCUGGUGCGCGCGGCGGGCAAGGUCGGGGUGCGCUACGUCAUGCCGAACGGGUACGGCGCGGAUGUGCUGGCGCACGAGGGCCUGAUGCGGGAUGAUAGGGUUGGGGGGGCGGAGGUGAGGGUGAGGUGCGCGGAGAUCGAGGCGACGGCGGCGGGGGCGGGGUCGGUGGGCUGGGUUAGCAUGGUCUGUGGGUUCUGGUAUGAGUAUAGUUUGGUGGUGGGGCCGGUGUGUCUGGGGUUUGAUCAUGUGCGGAAGAGGGUGACGUUGUAUGAUGGGGGGGAGACGAGGGUCAACUUGACGACGUUUGACCAGUGCGCGCGUGCGGUGGCGGCGCUGCUGAGUCUGAAGGAACUGUCUGAGGAUGAGGGGGAUGAGGCGCCGACGGUGAGUCGCUGGAGGAACAAGCCGUUGUAUGUGGCGAGCUUUUUGGUUAGUCAGAGGGAGAUGUUGGAGAGUUGGAAGAGGGUUACUGGAGAGGGGGAGUGGACGGUGGAGAGUGAGCCGAGCGAGGAGAGGUAUCGGAAAGGGCUAGAGAUGAUGCAGAGUGGCACGGAUCCGAUGACGGCGCGCAUGGGGGCCGCGAUGGCGUCCUUUGCGAGGAUUUUCUAUCCGGACGGGUGCGGUGAUUAUGAGAGUUCGAGAGGUUUGGCGAAUGGGCCGCUUGGCUUGCCAAAGGAGGACUUGGACGAGCGGACAAGAGUGGCAAAGAAAAUGCUGGAUGAUGGAUAUCCGGGCUGGGUGUUCCAGAGGUUGCAAAAUGCUCAGGGGUGACAGGAAAGAUCAUCAUCAUUGUCUGCUUGAAUACCAUAAAACCAAUGUUCGACUCAAUUACAUGCUGUUAUUCGUAUUGCGGAUAUAUCUAGUGCUCAUACCCGGCCAAAUGGAUGGUUUCGGAAUGAUCGUUCAUCUUCCUUGACCAGGCUCGACGACUGGGUCUAGAAUUGCGUUGUUGAUUCCGCAGAUUUGUGUUGGGCGAGCGAGUGAAUCGUGAACAAAUCUGUUGACUUUUCUCCACGGUUGACUGCUUCGGGUUGGCUCAGCGACUUGUGUGUGAGUCAGCCGUCGCGACUCGGUCGUUAACUUGGCCAUGUG